UUGCAGUUUGUAUACCAGGCUCCAUUAUUACCUGCCCUUGAAUUGAUAGAUAAUGAGUCUGUUACACUUCUGACAUCACCGAGUGGUAGAGAAGUUUAUCAGGUUGUAGGAAGUGCUGGUACAAAAUAUUAUACCUGUUUUAUAUCUAGUCAUUAUUGUUCCUGUCCAGCUUUCAGAUUCUCAGUUUUGAAAAAAGAAGAUUAUUUAUUGUGUAAACACCUACUGGCUAUAAAACUUUCUGAAGCUAUGGAGAAAGUAAAAAGAAAUCCAAUAACAGACAACGAAAUGGUUACCAUCAUACAGGAAGUGGAAUAG